AGAUCAGCUCACAGUUCGACCUCAGACAUGUUUUUCACUUGAGCUGAUGAUUCAGAUAAGCAAGCUGCUCGAUUGCCUUGAGUUUAGUUCACUGCAGAGCAUCGAGGAAGAGACAUGGCCUUCAUCAUCUUCACCGUUUACCUGAGUUUGAUCGUCAGACUGAACCAUGGUUUCGAGGUGGUCCAGCCUCAGAACUGGACCGUGGACCUGGUCUCCUUGGCUUCCAUCACCUGUGAACACACAGCUGAGAUCAGCUCGGUUGUGGAUGUUCGACUCAACCGCAUCUCACCAACAGGAAGUUCCUCGAAGAUCUGCCCAGGAACACAAGACUGCAUCAAAUUGCCCACAACUGGCAAACAGCAAGUUUUCCUUCUGCUGAACGUCGGUCCAGAAGAGAUGAGCUGUACAUACCAGUGUGAAGUGACGAUUCAGGAAAAUGGAAAUAUCCCAAAGUUCUUUACCGAGAAAGGAACUCCAACCAAGCUGGUUCAAGGUCAACAGGAAACAGAAAGAGGCUCCCCGCCCACUCCUUCCCCUCCUUCCCCUCCUUCCCCUCCUCCUCUCCCUCCUCCUGCUUCUCUUCUGUCGCGUUACCUCAGCUGGAUUCUGAUUGGUCUGCUGGCUGUGACGUUACUGUACAGCUGUGCCAUCACCGUCCUCUUCAUCAGAGGGAAGUUCCAGGUCAGAACAGUGAUGGAGAACACCACAUAUGUGGAGAUGAAGAAAGCUCCUUCCCCUCGCAGAUGAAACUUGCCUUUUGACGCACCGGAGCUCGCUGUUGGUCGUGAUUUCAUUUCAUUUUUCCAUGUGUCCAUCUUCAUGUUUCACUCCUCGUGUGAACACGAGUGCAGUUCUACAGACGACCAGCAGGGGGAGGCAGAACCUGCAGAAAGAUACAGACGUCAGUGGGAAGAAAUGCAUGAAAAGAAAAAGUGACAUGCUGUUGUAAAUAUUCCGAUGGCCACUGGAGGGUUUGUGUUGUUGUUUUACAGGCUGAGCUCAGGUUUAACCCUCCACUGGCGCUUAGCGGGUGUUAAUUUUACACCCUGGAAGCGUCUGUGACACACUGCGGACUGAAUCCCCAGCCAUCGGUUCCGGGACUGGUCCGUGGAUCAUUUGGCAAAGAAAGUACAAAAAUGUUUAAUUUGAAAAUGUACUUUUAAAUUUCCUUUAAUCUGCAUUGAGUUCUAUUUUUGAAAAAAAUCUUCUCUUGAGUCAGCUUCUUUCUUUUGCCUAACUCAGUCAUUUUUUUAAAAACAGUUUGUUAAGCCCUCAAUAGGGCGAUUUACACUAUUCUUCCAGUCUGCGGAAAAAUAUUGAGAUUAAAAUUGUUAAUGAGUGUAUCAGUUGGGUUUCAAUCAUAUGUACCAUCUAGCUUGUAGCAUUGUUAUCAUUUCUGCUCUAUUAAAGAGAAGAGUG